AUGAAGAAUCUUAUUUUAACACUUAUUCUUACUAUUGUAACCUUCAGUAAUUUCACUUUCGCUACUCAUUUGAAAUGGAAAAGAGACGAAUUUUUACUACUUGGUCGGCAUAACGUUGACGAAAUAUUUAUUAAAAACGGAUCUUUAGUAACAAGGGAUGUUUGCGGCACCGGAUAUCAUCAAUGUUCUGAUAAUAAGACAUGUUGUCCCACCGGCACAAUUUGCGUACCUGGAGGAUGCUGCAACCCCGGAUAUUAUCAUUGUUCAGAUAAUAAUGGAUGUUGUCCCAAUGGCUCAAAGUGCAUACCAGGUACUCAUAAAUGUGACAUAGGUUGUGGUGCCAAUCCUGUACCUUGCUACGAUGGUUGUUGUUUUGAGGGCGAAAUCUGCCUCCGUGCCAGUUAUUGUAGUAAAGGAUCAUCACCAACAACGCAUAAAUCAGUGAUACCACCGCCAUCAGAGACAUUAACAUCAGAAACAUUAACCUCAGAGUCAUCAACAUCAAAGACAUUAACUUCAGACACAUUAACUUCAGACACAUUAACCUCAGAUACAUUAACAUCAGAGUUACCAUUAUCAACAGAAUCAUCAACACCGAAACCAACACCAACAUUGACAUCACCGACAGUAAUAACAUCAUCACCAGAAGUGAUACAAACAUUCACGACAUCAUCACCAACAGCAAUAACUACCAGGCCAACAUCCUUAUCAUCUACUGCAGCCAGUCUAGCCAUGGAAAAAAGUUCCGCCAUAUCAAUAGCAAUAAUUUUAGUUAUUCUGGUUUCACUGAAUUUAGUAUAA